AUGAAGGGAAAAUUGGAUUCUAAUGAUACUGAGGCAAAUAUCAUCAGAAAUAUUUUGAAAAUAGCACGAACCUCUCAACCAAAUGAAUUGAAUCCCAAUUCAGUCAAAAAGAAUAGCUUUUCUUACUUUUAGUCUAAGUAUGGUUUAUAAUCUAAUUAGGAGUCAGCAUCAACUGAAAAUUUGCCAAUCGAGGAUUCGGAUGUUUAAAAAUCAUUAGAGCUUAUCAUUUCAGUAUUCAUGAUGAAAAAGUUUAAAAAUAUUAAGCAGACUUUCAUACAGUUUUCAACUGAUAUAAAUAAGCUGGUCUAUAAAGAUAAUGAAUUAAUCAAGAUUCUUUAACAAUAACUUUAAAAUAAGCAAAUUUAACUAAACCAAUUUUAGCUGAAAAUGAUGAAGGCAAUUGAAGUCAUAAUGAUUGAAAUUACACUAUUAUAGGAAUCUCUCAAUGAAAUUAAGUAUCAGAGCUCGUAGGGUAUACUUUAUAAAACAAAGUAGCCUAAUGAAAGUACAAUAUUUGAAAGUAAAGAUAUGAUAAUGUACUACAGAGAACUUCUAUUUAGAUUCACAAACUACGAUAUCAUCAAUUAAGUGGAACUAAACGAUAGAUAUUCAUUUAUCAAUGACUAAUUUCAUCUUUUUAAACUGACUAAUCUUUUCAAGUCUUUUAACACUAAGAAUACUAUCUACAACUAAUAUAGAUCUAACCCUAGGCUGCAUCCUUUGUCAUAUGAAAGAUGGGAAGGCUCACAGUUCAAAAUAAAAAACGGUAUAAGCUCAAAUGUAGAGGAUAUUGUAGCCUUGGAGCUAUUGCCAGAUUGUACCCUGGUAAACUUUGAAAAAGUAACUUAAAUCAAUUAUAUUCUCAGAAACAAUAUGAAUAGAAUUAAUGAGAAUAGUAAAUUACAAAUAGUAUAAAGUGAAUUUUAAGAUGAGCAGCUAAACUUAUCUAAUUAAUAACAAGUGUGA